UCACCUUUGACAUCUCCCCGUUGUGACCGUGUCGUUGUGACCAUCGCCAUGUCGAUGUCCCCCCCCAGCAGCCCGGGCUUUCGCUCGGAGUUCCGGCAGCUUCGGGCAGCGCUUCUGCAGCUGCGGGAGGAGCAUUGUGCGCUGUUGGAUUGUCUCGUGGACCUGCGCUUGUUGCGCCCGGAGACUUUCUCCGCAUCGAUGCACAGGCGACGCUUCGAGGCUGCGUUGAAGUCGUCUCCACAGAGCUUCGAGAAGAACUUGUUGGAUGUGUUGGAGGAGCCGGCACACAUUGCGCUGCAGUCCGCCCGUUAUGGUGGGCAGCACAUGAUGACGGCCUUGAAGGCCACCUGUCGAUCCAUGGCUCACAAGCUCUCGGAACGGGCGCCAGCUAUUCAGGAAGCCCUGACCUGGCUGUACGUUUGUGGGGGAAGCGGUCACCAACAGCAGGUGCGGAGUUCUGUGGAGAGAUUGGAUCCCAGCACGGGACACUGGGAGGCACUGCCUGCCAUGGCUCAACGCCGCUUCGGUUCCUCUUCGGCUGUGCUGGACGGAUGCUUGUACGUCUGUGGUGGUUCCGAAGAUCAACAAGCCUUGAACUCCGCGGAACGCUUCAAUCCAGCACGAGGUGCUUGGGAAGCUCUGCCCUCAAUGCUCUUGCCGCGAAUUCACAGCUCCGCUUUGGCGGCACAUGGGCAGCUGUUUCUAUGUGGAGGUCAUAACCCUUCGGUGUUGGGGAUUGAGUCCAUCCGUGCCUGCGAAUGUUACAAUCCACGGCUGGAGAGGUGGCUUCCGUUGCCGGACAUGCCCAACUGUCGCAUGGCCGCCUCCUUGGCUGAGCUGAACGGAGUGCUGCACGUUUGCGGGGGCUUCAAUGGCCGCGAGGCGUUGAGCAAUACCGAACGGCUCCUCGAAGAUUCCACCAGCUGGCAGGAGCUUCCGCCCAUGUCCGAGGGCCGUUUCUGGGCCUCAGCGGCUGUGCUGCAGAACUUUUUGAUCGUUUGCUCGGGCAACAACGGACAGCAGGUGCUUCUUUCUACGGAGCGCUUUGACCCUGUGGCAUGUGUUUGGGAAAGCCUACAGCCUACGAGCAGGUUGCGAACGGGCGCUGCUGCCUUGACAUUGGCUGGCCGCUUAUUCCUUUGUGGAGGCCAUGAUCAGCACUGCGUCCACGACACAGUGGAAGUCUUUGAUCCUGACAAGGGCGUGUGGCAGGAGGCGCAUCCCAUGUUACAGCGCCGCAGCGGUAGCGCCGGUGCUGUGCUGGGGAAUCAGUUGGUGUUGCUGGGGGGCAACGAUGGUAGCCAGGUGUUAAACACUGCAGAGUCCUACGAUCCCGAAGAGGAUCUGUGGCGGCCUUUGCGCCCCAUGAGCAAGCGCCGUGCUGGCGCCUACGCCACGGCACUCAUUUUGUGAUUUACUGUUUGAUCUUCUGGUGCUGCCAAACAGCCGAGAAGAUGAAUGUCAAUUCUGUUCCCACAAUGCCUAGAAGAGACGCAAGUUUCUCUGUGUCCAGCGGAAGUCUCUCUCAUGUUUUUCAUCAAAUAUAUGCUUUCGUCGAGCUUGGGCCUCUAGACCGACUCAUUUCAAAUGAUUGGUCAUGCCCAAUCCUGUGGGAAGCGGAAGUUUAUUGAAUACAACCGGGCAAAGUUUCCGAAUAAAAUGCAUUUUUGUUUUAAGGAUCCGAUAUUUUUUCAUUUGUCAUCAAAUGACAAAUGAUCAUCCGGCAUUGUAAAAG